AUGCAAAGAAUCUUUUCAAUGGUAGGAGAGGUGCUUGCACCAACCUAUCAUUCUGCACUUGAUGAUCUCAAGAAUCAUUGGAGAUCAAUUAAAACCUUUUAUAUUGAGAAGCAUGAUACAAUCGAAAGCUUUCAUGAAUUUCAAUUACCAGGUCACAUCAUAUCGAUGGUUUCAAUAUUGAUUGAAGAGAGUAAAUCAACUGGUGAAGCUGGUCCUUGUUUAGAGUACUUUUUAAAGAAUAGAAUAUUAGAGACAUUAUGUUUACUUGGUGUUCAUGAUUCACCAAAUGGAGUUAGGAAAUUAGUACUUCAAACGAUAACUAUUCUAUUGAGUGAUUUAUCAUUACCAUUGUUACCUCAUAUGAGUGUACACAAACCAAUAUACGAGAGUUUUGGACAGGGAGAGAGCUUUAUCGUAUUCCAAGGUCUACUCAAGAAUCUUUGGACUGUUGGUAGUAUUGGUGAACGUGCUAGAAAGGCAAUGAUACAAUGUCUCGAACUCAUCCCAGAGACUAAUCCAGCUGGUCCGAUCAUUGGAGGUAGUCGAAAAAAUAGUCUUAGUGAACCAAACUCCAACUCGACCAUAUAUCCAAAUAUUAAUCUAACAGAACAAUUUAAACAACUUCAAAACAGUAAUAUUGCUGGUGGUGGUGGUAACUUUAAAACGAACGAUUCGUCAUUAUCAUCAUCGACAUCUUCAUUAUCAUCACUUUCAGUAUCACCAACUGCCGAUUUAAUCCCUUCUCUUACAUCUCCUCCUCCUCCAACUACUAGUACUACUACUAUGGCACCACCACCUCCACCAGUCCCAUCAUCCAUGACACCUCCAACAAGUGGUGUAUCGAUGGACAAGGUGACGACACCUAUUACCACACCAAUCAAAUCAUCAUACAUGUCACAACAAAUCCCUUCAACACCAUUACCAAAUAUCCAAUCUCCAACCACUCGUAAAUUAAUGUUUGAAACACCUGCCAAGGAUGUACCAGUUGAUCAUGAUAAACUUGAUGUUGUCUUUUCAGAUCCAUUGGUUUUAUUAAAUCAUGUAAUGUUUAUUAAUAAUAUGAUUUCAGAAUUAAUUAAAACCUAUAAUUUAUUACCAUUGACCAUAUCAUCAGUUAAUUAUUGUAUAUCUGGUCCACCAAUUGCUCAUGAACAUUUAAGUAUUUUAGAAUGUUAUAAAUCAAGAGUAUCCUUUAUAUGUUCACUUUCUUCAUUAAAACAUAAUAAUAUUGGUGAAUAUAUAACAAAAUUAUGGGAAGAAUCAUUUAUUUCAGAUACAUUGGGACCUGCUUUACUUCAUAUUGAUGAUUCGAGAUGUGCUACAGCAAUGUUAUAUCUUCGUGAAAUAUUACCAAUUCUUCAAGGAAAUAUUGUUCAAAAGACCAUUACCUUUCUCGUAGGAGAUACAACAAAACCAGAGACUAGACCAAGUGAAGAUCAAGAUGACUAUGAUGGUGAUGAAUGUAUUAUGAAAAAAACUUUAAUUUCAAGAAUGUCUCAUCAAAAUUUUAUCGUAUCAAUAUCAUCACUUAGAUUAUUUUCAACUUUAUUGGGAUUACAUAAUUUUUCGGUAUUAUAUAAUUUAAUUUUGGUUAAUCUUCCACAAUAUUCCAACUUUUCAUAUCUGCAUAAUGGUUCAGAGUUGGAAAUUGCACAUCGAUCGAUUACCCAAUACCUAUCGUUGUUUGGUAACAAGUAUUGUAGAUUUGCAUCCAACAUCGAUUCCAAUCUAUCAGAGAUUCUACACAACAAGGUAUCAUCUCAAACAAAUGGCUAUUCUGCCUAUCUUGUUGAUGCUCGAUAUCAAAUAUCACUUUAUUCGCAAAUUUGUUCAAAUUGGCCAUCAAAUUAUUUAUUCAACAACAAUAAUAUUAAUAAUAGUAAUAGUAAUAAUAUAUCAUCACCUGUACAUAAUAAUAAUCAUCAUCAAAAAACAUCAAUCAUUAUAUCAUCACCUACUACUAAUAAUAAGAAUCAACAACAACAACAACAAACGACGUCAGAAAAUCAAGAUUUAUAUAUGGGAUCAUUCUUGGAACAAUUAUUUAAAUUAUUUAAACAAUCAUUGACAUUACCAAUCGAUAUUAAUUUUGUGAUUACUGGUAUAUUUUCAAAAUUAUGUUAUUAUCCAUGUCCACAAAUCUAUCCUUCAUUGAUUCAUUGUGCCGACGAUGAUUCAUCACCAUUCCCAAACCUUUAUUCUAUUAUUAAAGAUUUAUCAAUUGAAAUUGAAAAUAGAUCAAUUAAUAUACCAUUAUUUAUUGAUAUUUUGGAUCAACUACGACUUCAUAUGACUGAUAUUGGAAAUAUAACAAAUAGAGAUCCAAGUAACCAACAACCAGUAAACAGACUCAUUCAAGGUCUCGAUCAACCAACUAUCGACUUUUUAAAUUCAGUCAUUAUCCUUGAAGAAUUUUGUAAAGAAUUGGCAUCAAUCGUUCAAGCAAGAGUUAUAAAGGAAAUGAAUAGUAACAAAGUAACAUUUAUUACUAUCUUUAGAAUGGUAUAUCUGAGAGAUUGUAUAUUUCAAUCAUUCUCUCAGUUUCCAAUUGUAAAAGAUAAACGGUAUCAAUAUACAAAAGGUAAAGAAAUUGUAUCAUCAAAUCCAUUCAAAUCUUUGAUACACAUAUAUGCCUUGCCUUGGGAGUUUAUCAAACAUUAUUUACCGCCAAUUGAAACGAUACACAAGAACAGUAUAGUAUUUUCAUUGUACUGUCGUCAUCGAAAUGCAACACUAUCAACACUUGUUCAUAUCUUGGAUUGGUUACCUGAAGGUUAUAUCGAUAUCUAUUCGGCUAUGACUGGAGCUGCAUCAGUUGGUCAAUUCGAUAUCAUCAAGAUGCUUCAUAAUCGGUAUUCUCACGACUCUGAAAUGAAUGCAAAGGCAGCUAUCGACAAUGCAACACGUAUUGGCCAUUAUGAAAUUGUAGAGUUUCUUUUGGCUAACCAAUAUCAAGGUCAUGAUGCAGUCACCGUUGAAAUAGCAGCAAGGUUGGGACACGUUCCACUCUUGAAGAUACUUACCAAUGAUGGAACGGAAUGGGUACGUGAUCUAGCAUUCUUUAGUGUUUGUGAAAGUGGUAAUGUAGAGGCCGUCAAAUACCUCGAUCAAUUCAGACCCCAAUACCUCGACAAAUACGUUCAAAAAUUAUCUUCUGUCCAAGGUUGCCAAGAACUAUUUACAACACAUGAAUUCAUCUGUGCUAUAACAAAAGGUCAAUCUUUGGAUGUCGUCAAGUAUCUUCACGAAAAUAGAACCGAAAAACUAAAAGAUGGGUAUCAAUUAAUGAAUAAUGCUUGUAAAGAUGAUAGUCUUUUGGAAAUAUUAAAGUUUCUUCAUUUCAACAGGACAGAAGGAUGUACUGAACAGGGUCUUAAGAUAGCAGCAGAACUGGGACAAUUAGAAAUAGUUAAAUUCCUUGUAUCUCAUUACCCAGAAUUAAAAGUAGAGAGUGCUUAUGAUUUUGCAACUAGACAUCACCACAAUAAUGUAGUCAAGUUCUUAUAUCUAAACACUACCGAUAAUGCAACCAUAGCAUUAACCCAAUCAAUUAUACGCCUAAAUUUGGAAAUGGCCAUUUAUCUUUUAGAGAAUCAUACAGAUAAAGUACAAUUGACAAAAACACAAUGGGAUAUAUUAAAUUUAAAUAACAGUGAGAAAUGGGAUCAUGUUAAACAAUUAUUUGAACCUUUAAUGGUAUAUCUGAGAGAUUCUAUAUUUCAAUCAUUCUCUCAGUUUCCAAUUGCUCAAGAAAGAAGGUAUCUGUUUAAAAAAGGUAAAGAUAUACAAUUCAAAUCUAUGAUACAAACCUAUGCACUGCCUUGGGAGUUUAUCAAACAUUAUUUGCCUCCACUUGAAAGUCUAAGCAAUGGCUCCGUAUUAGUCUCUUUGUAUUGUCGUCAUCGAAAUGCAACACUAUCAACUCUUGUUCAUCUCUUGGAUUGGUUGCCUAGCAUUUGGAUCAAUGGCCCUUCGGUUUUUUCUGCAGCAGCAGCUGGUGGACACCUUGAUAUCAUCAAGAUGCUUCAUAAUCGUUACACUAGCGGCAAGAAUAUAUGUGCAAAGGCAGCCAUCGAAAAUGCAACAGGUAUUGGUCAUUUUGAAAUCGUAGAGUUUCUGUUGGCUAACCAAUAUCAAGGUCAUGGCACAUCCACAGUAGAAAUAGCAGCAAAGCUUGGACACGUUCCACUCUUGAAGCUACUUACCAAUGAUGGAACGGAAUGGGUACGUGAUCUAGCAUUCUUUAGUGUUUGUGAAAGUGGUAAUGUAGAGGCGCUCAAAUACCUCGAUCAAUUCAGACAACAAUAUCUCAACAAAAUGGACCCAAGCUACUAUCAUUCAGCCUUUACAACACAUGAAUUCCUCUAUGCUAUAUCAAUAGGCCAAUCUUUAGAUGUCGUCAAGUAUCUUCACGCCAAUAGAACAGAGAAACUAAAAGAUGGGUAUCAAUUAAUGAAUAAUGCUUGUAAAGAUGAUAGUCUUUUGGAAAUAUUAAAGUUUCUUCAUUUCAACAGGACAGAAGGAUGUACUGAACAUGGUCUUGAAAUAUUCCUUGUUUCUCAUUACCCAGAAUUAAAAGCAGAGAGUGCUUAUCAUUCUGCAACUAGAUACCUCCAAAAUGAUGUGGUCAAGUUCUUAUAUCUAAACACUACCGAUAAUGCAACCAUAGCAUUAACCAUAGCAAUAACACUCAAGAAUUUGGAAAUUGCCAAAUAUCUUUUAGAGAAUCAUACAGAUAAAGUACAAUUGCAAAGUGCACAUUGGGAGAGACUAAAUUUAAUAGAAAAUGAAGAAUGGGAUCAUGUUAAACAUUUAUUUCAAUCUUUGUAUAAUAAUAUACAACUAAAAUAA